AUGGUGGUGGUUGUAGAUUUUGGUAGUGGCGGUAAUGGCUACCAGCCAAAUUUAAAAAAUUUUUCGACGGCGCUGCGUUUGCGAGGGGGAGGGCUCUGCUGUUGUCGGCCGCAGUGUGAAUCGCAAGGGGAAGGGCGCUGCAGUGAUCGGGGCAUGGAGGGUGUUGCAGUGGUCCUAAGUGCUGCAAAUCGCGAGAGAGGGUGCUGCGGUGAUCGGUCGCGCUAUGAAUUGUGGGUGGAGUAUGAGCAGCGGAACGACUUUGAUGAGUUUAGACUUCUCAUUGGAGACCCUCGCCCAAUUCUCUCUCCAUCGUUCAAACAAAAAAAUGUAUUUCUACAAAUGAUUGCCAACUAUAAUCAACUCUUUGUUCAUGAAACAAUGGCAGCAAAAGAAGGAGACAUUGGCCUGCAUCAGGUUCCGUUUCAGGAUUCAUCAGAAAGUGAAAGUGAUAAUAAUGCUGAUAUCGAAAUCGAAAGUGAAAGCGAAAAGGAAGAGGAAAAGAAUCAGAAGAAGAAUCAAUCACCCUCACCCCUUAGUCGUAGGCAAUAUGGCAAUUUCAGAAGAUACUAUGAACAUCGAAAUGAAGAGGGUCCUGAAGAAGAUCCACGUUUGGAACUCUUGAGGAAGGAAUGGUUUGAAGACAAGGAGUGUCUUGAUAUUGGUUGCAACGAUGGGACAUUAACCAUUUCCAUUGCGAAAAUGUUCCGGUGCCAGAGCAUUCUUGCAAUUGACAUUGAUCCUGAACUUGUUGAGCAAGCAAAUUUAAAAUUGAGAGAUUCUUGUUUGCUAAUGCAAAUGGGAGGAUCCUCUGAGAAUAAUUCGGAUGAUUCGGCGCAACGCGCUGCUGCUUCGCCGGAGAAGGAAGUGACGCCAUCGGAACCUUCUUCAUUGGAGAAAAGAAAUCUGCUUGAAGUGGUUACAUUCAAACAAGAGAAUUUUAUGGAGAGCCAGCAUCCAGAACUUUAUGAUACUGUUACUUGCUUUAGUGUAACUCAAUGGAUACAUUUAAAUUUUGGAGACCAAGGCUUAAUCACAUUUUUUAACAAGAUUUGGGAGGUACUUCGACCAGGUGGUGUUCUUUUAUUGGAACCUCAGGCAUGGAGGUCUUACUCAUUGAAUCAUUAUUUAUCACCUGUUGCUAAGAAGAAUUACAGUGAGAUUGAAAUUCGUCCUAAAGAUUUCCAGAAAAUAUUAUUGAAUAAGAUUGGAUUUAGAACGGUAGAACACAUCAAUUCAGGUUGGAUAGAUGCAAAACAUCUUCGUUUCAAUAGACCCGUUUUGGUUUUCAAGAAAUGA